AUGGCUGGUGCAUUUCUAGAUAAAAGAAAGCUAAAAGCUCAAGAACUUGUAGAAUUGCCAGCAAGUUUAGCUAAAUCCUACUUAUGUAAAUUAAGUGGUGAAUUUGCGACGGAUUUGGCUCGAUCUAUUGGCUGCCCAUACGCUGGGAAAGUUCUUCUGCGGACUGAUCAAGGAAAAGAGGGACAAACGGUGCCUAGUUGUUCGUUCGCUUCCGUUGAACUUCAAUUCCAUCGGUAA